AUGGUAUGGUUCAGUGAGGAAGUGGUUACGACUGAAAUGAUGUUCGAACAUUAUUUGAAUCGUCUACGUAAUGUGUCGAUUGAAAGUGAUGCCGUAAUAGCAGAAGAUGCAGCACCCACUCGUUCGGUAACGAUCCAAAGACAGGCAGCUGUUGCGCUUCAGUCGCAUUUCUCACCAGAUGGUCUCGUUCCACUUGCCCUUAACUAUGCAUUGACCAAUCUCGAUCAUGUUAUGGUUCCGACCCAGCAACGUCUACUAUCCUCAUUCUUUGCCAUGAUGAACUACUCAGUCCGUAGCGUUAUCACCCAUGAUGCUAAUCAAGGCGACUUCCCGCUUGGGCCAGAGCAAGUUGAAACAUAUGUGACAAGAUCGAUGCUCACCAACAUGAUCUGGGCGUUCAGCGGUGAUGGAAAGUGGAAAUGCCGACAGCAAAUGAGCGAUUUUAUCAGAAACUCGACAACACUCACUUUGCCACCGAAUGAGCAGGCACCGCUCAUUGAUUACGAUGUGCAGCUGAGUGGUGAGUGGCAACCAUGGUUGAGUCGUGUCCCAGUCAUGGAGAUCGAAGCUCAUCGUGUCGCUGCUGCUGAUCUUGUCGUACCGACUGUCGAUACUGUCCGUCAUGAAAUGCUGUUAUCAGCGUGGUUGUCCGAGCACAAGCCGCUGGUACUGUGUGGACCUCCAGGAUCUGGAAAGGUAAGGGAGCAUCAUCAACUUUUAAAAUUCUGCUGA